GUUGGAAAGGCAGAUAUGAUAACUAUCGGAAAUGUGGGUUGCUGUCUUGCAUGAUGUAGUAGCUGUGUCCCAAGGUGAUAUGGAAGUAAUGGACACACAACCCCUCUGACUCUAAAGUUUUUAUGGUACAGCAUGAAAGAGAAAUUAAAAGUAUGCUGUCGCUUCAGAAGAAUAUUGUGCCAAUACAAGAUGACAAAGAAGAUUGCGAAGAGCAGAUGCUGCCAGUUGCAAGACAGGCAGGAAUUAACACCAGGACAGCCAUGUCAAGAGGAUUGUAUCAUCCAGCAACAAUCUUCAUGGGCCGCCAAAUGUCAGCCAUCUCAAGCAUUGAAGAUUUCAGUACACAGCAGAAAUCUUCCCAGCCCACAAAGAGCUUUUCAAUUUCUGACCUACAUUCAUGCAGACAGGCAGCACAGAGCAGUAAUAUGACAGACAGCUAUGUAGUACAAACUAAUAGUGAUAUACAGUGCUUAAAUAAGUCUGACAAAACAGAUGGGACGACAUGUAUCCAGAUGGGUGAGAAAAUGCCAGUCACAUCCAGCGUAUCUGAGAAUGGAAGAACUCAUUGCUUGGAGAUAGAAAGCAAUACAAAUAGGGGUAGCAGUUAUUUAGUAGAAAGCAAAAAACCUGCUAACCGCAGCUCCUUGUUAUGUGAAAGAUUAAGUCUGGAGAACAGAAGCGCUGACUUAAAGAGUGACAGUUGUAGCAGCUCAGUAGAAGAAAUAGUGACACAUGAGCACUUCGUGGCGAAUGAAGAAACAGCCAAACGGCCAAUCCCCUUGGUGUCUGCUCCUGAACAGCUCGUUUCUGGAAACGAACAGCCAAGAGAAAAGUUCCCAGGCCUCGACCAAUCCCCGGAUAGUCUGUGGCCCAUUGAAAAUACAUUAGAGCUAGAAGAUGAAAGCCUAGAUAGCAGCAGCGACCUCACAGUUUCAGUGAGUGAAGAGGAGGAGAUGGUAAAUACAGUUGAACCACAGCAGAGCCUACAAAGUGUGGAUUUCAAGAUGGCCUUACAAUCAGUGAACUCAGAACAAGAAAAAGAAGGUAUAUCCACCAAAGGACAUUUUUCUUUGCAAACAGGAAACCGUCAUACACCAGACGAAGACUCUUCAGCUAAUUCAGCAACAAGGCAGGACUGUUUAUCGUUUGAAGGAUUCUCCCAUUUACUUGAGUUCAUAGAAGAUCUAGUGGUGAAAGCAGCACCCGAAUGCUUGGCUCUGUACCAAAGUGGAACCAUAAGUGAAGCAAAACUGAAGAAGCUAAUAAGCCUUUGUAAUCAAACUGGCAAUCUGAAAGAGGAAGACCUUGAGGCAUGUGAAGCAGUUGUCCUUCAUCAGCUUCAGGGAUUGUUGCAGAAAACAUUGAACGGAUGCCUCUUACCUGAGAAAACACUCAAUGACGGACGUAGCUCUACAGAUGAAAAGCAAGUCAGGUCAGACCUGCCAUUGGAUUUUACCAUGUUAUGGGAACGUUUGUGCAAACACAUUUUAUUUUUGAAAAAACACCAUGUUUUGCUGAAGGAAGAAGUCAAAGAGAUGUUUGGAACUUUACUGAUUUCAGAAAAGAAUGCACAAGGUGGCCAGGUUAUGUUGUCAUUGAGAGAGGUCCUUCCGGAAGAGUGUGGCAAUAGGUCAUCUAUUCAUAGCAAUGAAUCAUCUUACUGCUUGCCAUCAAUUCUGAAUGACAAUGGUGAAAUAAAGCAAACAAUACAUGCUCAAUGGCUUAACAGCAUUGGUACAAGGGAACAAGAAGUCACAAGCUGGUGUGAAGAUGAGAGCAAGGAAGAAAGCUUGGCAGAAAAGAUUCCUAUUACAGGUUUGAUUAUCGGUAGCAAUGGUUUCAAGACCGAGAAAAUCAACACAAUCAGUUCCGAAGCUAGUUUUUCAUCUAGUGAAGGAAGAAGCCCUUUGUCAAGGAACACCAGCAAAAGCAGAAUAACCACUAUAAAAUCAAAAGCUUUCUGGGGUGAAUCUGAUGACAGCAACUCCGAAAUUGAGGCUGCUUUGCGUCCACAAACCCAUGCAGAUGAAUUUGAUGACUUCUAUGACUGACGUAUUUAACAUGUGUGAGGUGGGGAAAUCGAAGCUAUGCUCUCCUGCAGAAGCUGCAGUUUUAGUCUGUGUGUUUUGCAUCCCUAGCUCUGUGGUGCAGCGAAUAUCUUGGUAUUUAGAACCUUGUUUGGCCAUAGAAAUGUUGACCAAAUAAUGAUCAGCGUGUCUCUUUGUUUGCAUACACGUGUUUUUUUAUUAAAAGUGUAUUUUAAGAAACAUUUUGAAUU